GUCCAUGAACGCGCGUGACUCACAUCCGUGACGCAGGCAGAGAGAGUUCGAGCCUUCCAGCAGCAUCUUCAGCACCAUCUCUGUUCUCCGUAGCGAGACCGCAACAAAUCUGCCGAGAGGAGAAGCUCGAGAUAAUCAAACCGAGGCUUGUUUUCAGGCCCAGAGUCCCCUAUCAGCAUGACAAAAGAAGAGACCGGGGAGGUGGAGGAGGAGGCCCAGCCUGUCUCUGAGUACCAGAGCCCCGUCCACGAGCCUCGCAAGAGACCCAUGGUGCACCCCUCCGCCCAGGCCCCGCUCCCCAAGGACUACGCCUUCACGUUCUUCGACCCGAACGACCCGGCCUGCUUGGAGAUCCUGCUGGAUCCUCAGACCACCAUCCCGGAGCUGUUCGCCAUCAUCCGCCAGUGGGUUCCCCAGGUGCAGCACAAGAUCGACCUCAUCGGCAACGAGAUCCUGAAACGUGGUUGCCAUGUCAACGACCGUGACGGACUGACAGACAUGACGUUGCUCCACUACAGCUGCAAGGCUGGGGCCCACGGAGUUGGUGACCCGGCGGCAGCACUGCGCCUGUCCUCUCAGCUGAUCUCUCAGGGAGCGGAUGUGAGUCUGAGGAGUCGCUGGACCAACAUGAACGCCCUCCACUACGCCGCCUACUUCGACGUCCCAGAGCUCAUCAGGGUCCUGCUCAAGGCCUCCAAACCCAGAGUGCUGAACUCGACAUGCAGUGAUUUCCACCAUGGCACAGCUCUGCACAUCGCUGCCUCUAACCUGUGUCUGGGCUCCGUCAAGUGUCUGCUGGAGCAUGGAGCCAACCCCACUGUCAGAAACGACAAAGGCCAGGGCCCUGCCGAGGUGGUGCCAGACCCCAUGGACAUGAGCCUGGACAAGGCCGAGGCGGCCAUGGUGGCCAAGGAGCUGAAGCAGCUGCUGCUGGACUCUGUGCCCCUGAGCUGCAACCUGCCAAGGGCCACCCUGACCAACUACGACAAUAUCCCUGGGAACCUCAUGCUGUCCUCCCUGGGGCUGAAGCUGGGGGACCGCAUCCUGCUGGACGACAUGAAGCUGCCACAACACUGCAGUGAUGACAACUCAUCACCUCCCCCUGAAAAACAGACCGGCACCCUGCGUUUCUGUGGCACGACGGAGUUCGCCAGCGGCCAGUGGGUGGGCGUGGAGCUGGACGAGCCGGAGGGCAAGAACGACGGCAGCGUGGGCGGAGUCCGCUACUUCAUCUGCCCCCCCAAACUGGGCAUCUUCGCCCCCGUGUCUAAGAUCUCCAAGGCCCAGGACCAGACUCCCUCCUCCGUCACCUCCACCCCCCGGACGCCCCGCAUGGACUUCUCCCGCGUCACCGGGAAGAACAAGAAGGAGAAGAAGGAGAAGGGGAGAGAGAAAGCCCUGAAGAAAAAGUCAGCAUCAGUGGCCAGUGUGGACCCAGAGCUGCAGGUGGAUGUGGGGGAUCAGGUGCUGGUGGCGGGACAGAAACAAGGCACCGUGCGUUUCUACGGCAAGACAGACUUCGCUCCAGGUUACUGGUUCGGGGUGGAGUUGGAGCACCCUACGGGGAAACAUGACGGCUCGGUGUUUGGGGUGCGCUACUUCAGCUGCCUGCCCAAGUAUGGUGUCUUCGCCCCCCCGUCCCGCGUCCAGAGAAUCGGAGGACCCAAGGAAGGAGAUGCGUCCAUGGUGAAGAAGGUCCACCAGGUCACCAUGUCGCAGCCCAAGCGGAACUUCAACGCAGUGAGGUCUCCCAAGGACAUCACGUCUGAGAGUUCAAUAUCCAGGUUGCUGUUCUGCUGCUGGUUCCCCUGGAUGCUUCGUGCUGAGAUGCAGUCCUAACCGUGCCCCCACCCCCCCUUUUCCUCCCCCCCUCCCUCUCCUCCUCCGCCACCACCAGAUCAGCCGCACUCCUCCUCUUUCUGUCCAUCUUUCAGUUCCGUAUUUUUCUCUCAGUCUUAUCUAACCAGACUGUUGCUGUUGUCAGAAUUACAAUAGUGAACCGACACUCUUGCCCCCGCCCCCCUCCCACCAAUCCCUGCUCUUUGACAGCAGUCCUAUAGCAAAACCUAGUGCCUUGAAUCUAACUAAUGCCCUGGACCCGCAUUCCAUUUCUGUAACCUUGACGAUUAUAAUUGUCACUCUCAAAUCUGGGACUCGAGCCCUGCGAAAGAAAUGAUGUAAAAGACAGGAUGUUAGUUAAGCCCCUUCUGAGAUCCCCACUAUGAUCUGGUAACUAGUUUACCUGAGUCAGAGGACAUCAGGUCUCAAUAUGCCCACUGCGUCUGGUAGAUUAAAACAGUUUGGUCAAUUACAAUUGUUUAGUAGAGAAACUGAGAAAAGUGUAAGUAGCUUAAUCACACUUUGCUGCUACUUUAUUUAUUUCUGCUGCUGCUUAGUAUUAACAAUGUUUCCCUGGAGACCAAGAACCUUUCCCAAUCUCAGAUUAAAACCUUUUGUGAGAUUAUGUUUAUUUUAAAAUGUACAGUAUAGGCACUACAAGUUAGGUUUUGUGUACUUGUUCCGGAAGAACCUUAGGCUUGAGCAAAGACAGGGUUCUGAUUCAUUCCUAAAGAAAAUAAAAACAUGACAAUAACAUCCAGUAUUGCAUGUUCUAAUCUCAGUGAAAAGCAACAACAGGGUUUACCAUGUCACUGUCUAAAUGUGCUUCACCUUGUCUUCCGUUUUAGACUUAUACACAGUUAAUUAAAUUAAAUAUAUCCAUUCAGCAGUUACCUGCGUGUGUAAUUGCAAUGUGCCACCUGAGGGUUCUUGGUCUCUUUGAAACGUAUCAAAACAGAUCAUUACUGAUCACCAUUAAUAUGUUUAAUGAACCAGGGUUAAUUGUGACAGAGGGGGAAUAAAGCUCAGUGGUUAGAGCAUUUGAAUGCAGAUCAAAAUGUGCGAAUGUUGCAGGUUCAGGCCCCCCUUUUACUGCACAUCGCUUUGAAUGGAAGCAAUGUCUUUUGUAGAAUUCAUAUAUUUGAUUGUUUAUUACUAAUAGAAUAAUUGUCCUGGUAUACAUGAUGUGGAUGGACUUGAGCAGAUCCACCACAUAAAACCCUGAUGUUAUGUAGAUCUGCAACAUGUUAACCAAAAUCGCUAACAACCCCAAAAUACAGUGUAACAAUGAAAUGGAAAAUGAGUUGAACUCACAGACUGUACAUAAAGGCAGAUAUCUAGAGCUGUCGUCUCCUCCACAUCAGACAGCACAGACCUGACCCUGCAUUCAUGCUAGCAGAGCUGCGUUGGUCCUGAUUUGAAUGUGUUUGAAUCCCAUUGCAACUUUGGACCGCAGGCCUCCCUUCCAUGUCAUAGUAAAUGACUUUGUUUUGCCAAUGAUGAUAUCAAUCCCAGUCUAACUCCUGGGGUGUCCUGCCAGAAGCAGCAGGAGCAAUCCCAUUAGAUCCCUCCUCCCUCUCUUCCUCUCUCUCCUCCCCCUCUCCCCUCCAUCUCUCUAUAUAAGACUUUGGUUAAGUUCUGUGAAUGUGAAAAUAAGAAGACGAAGAAAAAAAAAUCGGACCAUCUAAAUCUCUUGUGUGCUUAAAUGUUUCAAUCUAUGAGUGUGCAUUUAAAAACAGCAAUAUUUAACCAGUGUACCUUGCUAUGUGGAUAUGGUUGAUGUCUUUGUGUACUCUAAUGCACCAUGUAAGCACACUAGGAAGGAGAAAACACUAGUGAGUAGGAAUCUUCUACUCCCUCCCUCCCUCCCUUUCUCUCUCUCUCUCUCUCUCUCUCUCUCUCUCUCUCUCUCUCCCUCUCUCUGUACACUGUUGUCGUGGGUGACAUUCUGUGUUGAACAGCAAGAACACCCUGGUCGUCAGGGUGACUCGCACUGUGUAGUUUCAAGCUAACCGCCACAUAGCCUACUCUGACCACAGAUGGGCACUUGUGCACGACAUUCACUAAAGGAUGAUGGGUACUGUCAUUUUUAAACAGCCUGUGAAAGAUGUUGCUCAACAACGAUACAAGGGCAUCACCCUUAUUCUGAAUUAAACUGGAUUUUGGAUAUGUUUUAUUGGGGCACAGUCAUCCACGCGGAAGAGUCCGCAGUUCAUUUUAGAGGCUUAACGCUGGGCAAGGAGUCACUUUCAUAAUGAUGUUUCAUUUGGUGACCAAACCAACAAAAUGUCUUACUUACACACUGGUUGGCUUAGACAUGGCUCUGGGCUCGGGCUCUUUACAUGGCUCUGGACUAGCCUAUGUGUGGGAAAACUCGCUUAUUCCCUUUUUUUGUUUGUUAAUUGUUUUCUUGAUACCCUGGUGAAAUUGUGUCAAAUCAUGACUUCCAGUUUAUUUACUGUUGCAAGCAUUGGUGGCUACUUAGAUUAAUUAUCCACGCCAUGAGGCCUACUAAAGGUCUUGGUUUAUGAGUAAGACUCAAGUUGCCAAACAGCGUAUCUUCUUUAUCUUUAAAACAUGUAACUAAAUUAAUAUAACAUGGUGUAAAAUUGUGCAUAUUUACUGACCCAGGGUUUGGCAAAAAAAAAAAAUCCCAAUUCACUAGACUCAAGUUAAUUUGUCCGACACUGAAAUGGACCAAAAUAAUGGUAGAUUGUGUUUAUGCACGUGGUGUGUAUUUCUCAAUAGCGGAACCUAUGUUGAACAUGACUAGGUGUUCUGACUAUGAUCUGCCGGUAGGUGUCGGUGUUGUACCACUUCGUCAUCUUCUGUACAAGUAAAUAGAAAAAUCCCCUUGAAUAUUAGGCUAUUCGAGGACAAUAUGCCAUUUGAUUUUGAACUUUGUGUUGUAUGGUCAGUCUGAAAAUGCUGUUAUUCUUAAUCCUUGAAUAAUAACUAACUUUGGUCAGUAACAUUUAUUGAAACAUGUUUUAACAACUUGUUUGUCUUAAAAUAUUUAUUUUUAUGUUCCUGUUUUUUAAGUGUGUUUGAGUCUGUAUGUCCCCCAAAACAGGUAACAAAGUUAAGAGCAUUGUCUGUGUUCACCCCUCAUGUUGUCAUGUUUUAUUUAUGAUGAUAAAGAAUUUGGGGGGGAAGACUGUUGGAUUGAGUUCUGUUGUCAUGGUAAAUAACUGAUGCAUGCUCUGUAAGUAUUUUCUGACGGCUCCUUUUUUCCAACUCUGUAUCUCAGCAUGAAAAUGCUUAUAAAGACAACUAUGACUAUGAAUAUAAUAAAAUUUGAUGUUGAUUUUUACAAA